AGGAAGGAGCUGGAUGUGAGAUGUCCUUCAUGAUUUAUCUAACUUGUCAUGUCUCAGGGGCUUGGGCUGUCAGGGGAUGCUGGGAACUGUAGUUGAAUUAAAGCAGGAGAAGAGCAGGUUGAUAGAAUUUAUUUCUGGUGUUCGGGUGCAGGCUCUGAGUUACCCUACGGCGAGUGUUUAUUACAUUAGGUGCUGUGGUUAUGGCUGCACAGUUGGCCUCAGGGACAUAAAGGAGUAGUUUGCAUGUCUCCGCCCAUAUUCCUUAAAGGAGGGCUCCAGAGGGAAUGCUAUGUAUGUAGCAUGAGGCAUGUCAAUACCGUCUGUUUUCAGAAAGCUUUCACAGCUACAUUUCAUUUAGAAGAGUGAUGUUGCCUUGGAAAGUGGCUGCUACAGUGUAGUCCUUUUUCAUGGGGCCAGCUGAUUGGCUGCCUUCCUGGAAGGGACACACUGAUUGGUUUAAGCCAGUCAUUGUUUAGAACGGUCCUGGAUGAAGCUUGGUUGCACCACAGCGUUGAUGCUCAGAAGGAGACAGAGAGAGAGAAAGAGAGGGCAGAGAGAGACAUCUGUGGGAAAGAGAGCAUUGGGAGCAGGGUGGAAGGAGAGGAUAUGUGGCACCCUUGGUGAGUGCUGAAGAAAAAGACUGCUGGCAGGCAUAUAGAGGCAGAGAUACAGCAUGGGGACAAAGAAGAGACAACUGUGAUCAGGAGAGACAGUCAAUCAAAGAGAAGAAUCAGCAAGAAAAACAAGGCACCUGUUGAAAAGCACAGACCCUCCGUAGUUAAACGUUUUGUGUUUUCUUUGCGAAGGACAUAAUGUGACACGGAAAACCCGAUGAGGAGGAGAGUCUUGGAAGAGGAGAUCCAGGGAUAGACAAGAGACAGCACUCAAGAGACAGCCAGUGAGAGGGGAGAUAGCCAGGGAGGAGAAAUCAACUGAUGCACGAUGGAUCAUCGCCUUUUCUGAAGAGGAGCGCAAGUGGAUUUUCGAUUGUCUCACUGCUUGGAUGUGGACGGGCAGGGUGUGAGGGAGCCAUUCCACUGGCCCCUCUGUGGUGCCCUGUGAUGGUGCCAGCAGGAUGCCGUGGUUGCCAGUGAAGAAGAUCCGCAGGCAGUUUAAGCUGUUGCUGCUGCUGGUGUUACUUACCUCAGCCGUCUGGGUCACAUACCUGCACAUCAGCCUUGCGAGGCAGGGAAAAUCACUGCGACUGCCCUUCAUCUACAGCAGAGAUGGCGAGAGAGUGGAGAGCACAGACCAUGCCCGUAAAACAGGACAGGCCCAGGCUUCCCUUGCUCAUUCUCAGGCUGGAGACUCUAGUGAGGAAGCUCCAACGUACGAUGCUCUGGCUUGGAAGAGAGGGCGCCAAUGGAACCCCAGCGAGAGACAACUUAACCUUACAGACAUCCCUCUGCCCUGGGAUGAGAAGAAUAAAGGCAAAGUGAACCUCCAUGUGUUUGAGGACUGGUGUGGGGGAUCCGUGAUGCACUUAAAGACUAACCUGCAUUUCCCCUUGUACCCUCAUACUCGAACCACCGUCACCAAGCUUGCGGUGUCACCCAAAUGGAAGAACUACGGGCUGAGGCUGUUUGGUUAUAUACACCCUUACAAAGAUGGUGACUUCCAGUUUGCAGUGGCAUCAGAGGAUAAUUCUGAGUUCUGGCUCAGCAGUGAGGAGAGCCCAUCCAGUGCCCAGCUUAUAGCUUAUGUAGGAAGGAGUGGCUCAGAGUGGACGGCUCCAGGGGAAUUCACAAAGUUCAGUUCUCAAGUGUCCAAGCCAAUCCGGUUAAUGAGCUCUCGGCGUUAUUAUUUUGAGCUUCUUCACAAGCAGGACGAUCAUGGUUCUGAUCAUGUGGAAGUAGCGUGGCGUUUGUCCCUUCCAGGCAUGAAGUUUGAGAUUGUGGAUUCAGCCUACUUAUCCCUGUACACAGAUGAGACGGCUCACAGAAUGAACGAGGUGGCUCACAUCCCACGCACUCUUUCCAGCCGCACCAGCCACCGCUGGGGAAUGGACAAAGAGCAGCCUGCUGCCGACAUGCUGAUGGAGGACCCCCGGGAUGAUUUUUUUAUGACACCGCUGAUUGAACAAUCGAGAGUGGAGAACGUUCUGGUCCCCUGCGCAUAUAACCCUACAUACGUAGUAAAGGAUUUCCCAAUAGCACGAUACCAGGGCCUGCAGUUUGUGUACCUCACCUUUGUAUACCCGAAUGAUUUCACCCGCCUCACUCACAUGGAAACAGAAAACAAAUGCUUCUAUCGAGAGUCCCCCAUAUACUUAGAAAAGUUUGGCUUUUACAAGUACAUGAAGAUGGACGAUGAAGAGUCUCCUCAAGUACCAUUCCUGUUCUUCAAUCGCCAGCAUUUCAUGGAGGAAGAUGACGAUGAGGAGGAAGCACUGUUUGCUGGGAGUAAAAUAAAUCAUAAGAUAAAAGAAGAAUUCCCUGGAGACCCCAUGCCACCUAAUACUGACCAUACGGAGGACACUCAUAUCCCCAUUAGUGAACCUCCUGGACUUGCCUAUAGAAUAAAUGCCAGCACAGCAGUUCAAAUACAUGGUAGGAGCUUGAAGUGGGCAUCAAGGGAAAAUCCUAAAAUUGUCCACAAAAAGAGGACUUUAAUACCCACAGUGGAGGGACAAAUUAAAAGACCUCAGCAAAGUCCCACAGAUGGGACGUUAGACUUGAGACGGAUAAAAGAGCCAGAAGUUUUAACCAGAGAAAGCAUGAUAACUGGUAAGUCAAAGAAUGGACGAAUGUCUGAUGUAAGAAAAAGAGGCAAAAAGUCAGAGUUUAGAAACAGAACUCGAAAGUUAGAUUCCCUAAUGGUUGGUCCAAAAGCAGAGUUCUCGGAAAAGCCAGAACUGUCAGAAGUCAGGCCCACUGAAGAAGGACGCUUAGAAUCUGUUACCAGUGAGGCAAUGCCUAAACAAAACUUGAAGGACACUUUACGAGUAAAAAAUAAGCACAAGCCAGAGAAGGUGUAUGUGACACGCCUGCUAUCUAAAGUAAGAAAGUCCCAAAACCGACUCUUACCUGGUAUGCUGCUGCAUCAACCUAAACCCCGCCGCUCUCCUAGUCCUAAUGCCCACCCGCAUGCCCCCCAUACUUCCAAAACUUCCCAUGGGGGCAGAAGGUCUAAGGCUUGGAGUCUACCUGAUACUUCAGAACUAGGGCUUUUCAACUGGGAGGGACAGACUGAAAGGCCUGGAGUUCCAGUUCCAACCUCUUCUAGUCUACCUAAUGGCCCUCCGUCUCUUGGUAUGUCUUCGGAAGCUCCUGCAGAAGUUCAGGAGCAGGAUUACAGCUAUGAGGAAGAGGAGCCUCGGCAACGCUGGCCAGAGGAUGCGAUCAACUGGCAACGCACGUUCAGCGUGGGCACUGUCGACUUUGAGAUGCUGCGGUCAGACUGGAAUGACCUUCGCUGCAACGUGAGCGGGAACUUACAGCUGUCAGAGGCAGAAACUGUUGACUUGGUGGCACAGUAUAUGGAGAAACUCAAUGAGAAGAAUGGUGGUAUAUACACUUUACUGCGUAUAAUCAAUGUGGAGAAGAGGAGGGACUCUGCCAGAGGAAACCGUUACUUUAUCGAGCUGGAGCUUCUGGAGCGCAGCAGCAGGAAAGUGAGAUUGGCGGAGUAUGUGUACCUGCUACUGCAUCGUGGAACUGGAGGAGACAGCGAUGAAAGCCCACCAGCAGAGACCCCAGAAAUCUCUCCCAGCCCUCAGCUUCCCUUAUACAGUAAACCAAUCCUGUGCCGGCCUGUGAGUCUCAACUGGGAUCCUCGGGCAACUGUGCAUUUCGUAGUGCCAGUAAAGAAUCAGGCCCGUUGGGUCCAGCAACUCAUCUCAGACCUGGAGUUCUUGUACACAAACACUCAGGAUGAUCAAUUCAAUCUCAUUCUGGUGGAUUAUGACAGCGAAGAUAUGGAUGUAGAGAGGGCUCUGCGCAUUGCUAAGCUACCAAGUUACAAGUAUCUGAAGAGAAGCGGAAACUUUGAGCGUUCAGCUGGGCUGCAGGCAGGUGUUGAUACGAUACAGGACAAUCACAGCAUCGUAUUCCUGUGCGACCUGCACAUACACUUCCCGCUCUCUGUGUUGGACAGUGUGAGGAAACAUUGUGUAGAGGGACGGCUGGCCUUUGCACCUAUAGUAAUGAGACUGAGUUGUGGAAGCUCUCCUCACAACCCCCGAGGGUACUGGGAGGUGAAUGGAUUUGGUCUUUUUGGAAUCUACAAAUCGGAUUUUGAUCGAAUCGGAGGUAUGAAUACAGAGGAAUUCAAAGAUCGCUGGGGAGGAGAGGACUGGGAGCUGCUUGACAGGGUUCUCCAAAACGGUCUGGAAGUGGAGCGUUUGCGUCUGCGGAACUUCUUCCACUACUACCACUCCAAGCGAGGCAUGUGGAACACACAAAGCCAGGAGAGCGCAGUUAAGGACUAACACUCACCUAGUGUUUUGCAGAGUUUGGACUCUUCUCUUGGUUUGUGUUUGUUGCGACGGGAAGGCGGAUUAUGUUGACGCAGCCACCGACAACGGAGCUCAGUUCACGGUACGGACUACUCUGGCGGGGCUCUGAGACGGCUGUCACGCUCCGAAGGAGAUGAAUCCUCCAUGUUGUGGUCGGUGGCUGAUAAUUCUUCUUGGGAAGUAACUUGCUGCUGAGCACUGGAUUAAAUCCAAUCAGAUUUCA